AUGGGGACCAGAAUAGUAAAUGCAGACGAUGACAAUCCAUGGAUCGGUGACACUAAAGUCACCGAAGCCUAUAACCUGUUGGAGGCUUCACAAGAAAACGCGUAUUACAGUGAUUAUGAUCUCGAUAAGGGCUUCGCCCAUCUGCAAAAGUACUCUCAGAACGCGUCCAGCGUCGAACUUAUCCUUCCUGACGUGGUGUUGGCUAGCUGUCGGCCAACAUCUCUUCUGUGUGCCAUCAUGAAUGCCAACCAGCCGACAUCGACCCUCAACGCCACACGGAAUGCCACAUUUACCGGUAACAUGGCCGCUUCAGGCCCUGCCGUUAAGGCUAGACAGCUGGCCCACCUUCAGUCUCAGCUUGCUCAACUCUCGGCGCAAUUAGCCGACACUGACAGCCUUGUGCGCGUCACGGCUGCACAGGCCGCUUAUCUACGAGAGCUGGGAAGCUGGCAUGCUGGACUAUUCAUGGCCGCCAGCAAGGUGCUCGGCGAGGACGGGGCUAGAGACUCUCGAGGGGUCGACCGGGAUUCUAGUCAAUAA